CUGCCUGGGAGGAGGAUGGGCCUGGAAGGACCAAAGAAACUUCUGGAAAGGACGGAGUGGCUGAAGGGUGAGGGGUCAACUUUGCUGACCACCCACUCCACAACUACCACCCCCCAUCUUUUCUCUCUGUUUCUCUCAACUCAGGGAUCUACUGGCUUUCCUGGGCCGCUGGGACCAUUAGGAGAAAAAGGGAAGCGGGGCAAAGCGGGGCAGCCGGGCCUGGAAGGAGAGCGGGGGCCACCAGGCUCCCGUGGAGAGAGGGGCCAACCGGGUCCCACCGGGCAACCGGGCCCCAAGGGUGAUGUGGGCCAGGACGGGGCCUCUGGGAUCCCUGGGGAAAAGGGCCUCCCAGGUCUGCAGGGCCCUCCUGGAUUCCCCGGACCAAAAGGUCCCCCUGGUCCCCAGGGGAAGGACGGGCGUCCCGGGCACCCUGGACAGAGAGGAGAACUGGGCUUCCAAGGUCAGACAGGCCCACCUGGACCAGCUGGUGUCGUGGGUCCUCAGGGAAAGACAGGAGAAGCGGGACCUCUGGGCGAGAGGGGCCCCCCAGGCCCGCCUGGACCUCCAGGUGAACAAGGUCUUCCGGGCCUGGAAGGCAGAGAGGGUGUCAAGGGAGACCUGGGGCCACCCGGGCCCCUUGGGAAGGAAGGGCCGCCUGGACCCAGGGGCUUCCCCGGCCCCCAAGGAGCCCCUGGUGACCCCGGACCUAUUGGUUUAAAGGGUGACAAAGGCCCCCUGGGCCCUGUUGGAGCCAAUGGCCCUCCUGGGGAGCGGGGUCCUGUGGGCCCGGCAGGAGGCAUGGGGCUUCCUGGCCAAAGUGGAGGCCAAGGCCCUGUUGGCCCUGCAGGCGAGAAGGGCUCCCCGGGCGAACGUGGCUCCCCUGGCCCCACCGGCAAAGAUGGGAUCCCAGGGCCCCCGGGGCUUCCUGGACCGCCGGGAGCUGUUGGGCCUUCUGGUGAGGAUGGGGACAAGGGGGAGGUGGGUGCCCCUGGCAACAAAGGGAGCAAAGGCGAUAAAGGGGAUGCGGGCCCGCCUGGACCAACAGGGGUACGGGGUCCCGUGGGACACCCAGGCUCCCCGGGAGCAGAUGGGGCUCAGGGACGCAGGGGACCACCAGGCCUCUUUGGGCAGAAGGGAGAUGAUGGAGUGAGAGGCUUCGUUGGGAUGAUUGGCCCCCCUGGCCUGCAGGGACUGCCGGGCCCUCCUGGAGAGAAAGGGGAGGUCGGAGAUGUAGGGUCCAUGGGUCCCCAUGGAGCUCCAGGCCCUAGGGGUCCCCAUGGCCCCAGUGGAUCGGAGGGCCCUCCAGGGCUGCCUGGGGGAGUUGGUCAACCGGGCGCUGUGGGCGAGAAGGGUGAGCCAGGGGAGGCUGGAGACCCAGGACCCCCAGGAACCCCAGGCAUCCCUGGGCCCAAGGGAGAAAUUGGUGAAAAGGGGGACUCAGGUCCAUCUGGGGCUGCUGGACCCCCAGGCAAGAAAGGCCCCCCUGGAGAGGAUGGAGUCAAAGGGAACGUGGGCCCCACUGGGCUCCCAGGAGAUCUAGGCCCCCCCGGAGACCCAGGAGUUUCGGGUAUAGACGGCUCCCCAGGAGAGAAGGGAGACCCUGGUGAUGUUGGGGGACCGGGUCCGCCUGGAGCUUCUGGGGAGCCUGGCCCCCCUGGGCCCCCCGGCAAGAGGGGUCCUUCAGGCCGCAUGGGUCCAGAAGGCAACGAAGGGGAGAAAGGGGCCAAGGGGGAGCCAGGUCCCGACGGGCCCCCAGGGAUGACGGGCCCAGUGGGGGCUCGAGGGCCCCCUGGACGUGUGGGGCCUGAGGGUCUUCGGGGGAUCCCCGGCCCUGUGGGUGAACCAGGCCUCCUGGGACCUCCUGGACUGAUGGGCCCUCCUGGACCCCUGGGGCCCUCUGGCCUUCCAGGAUUGAAGGGAGAUGCUGGCCCCAAGGGGGAAAAAGGCCACAUUGGAUUAAUUGGCCUCAUCGGCCCCCCUGGGGAAGCCGGUGAGAAAGGGGAUCAGGGGUUGCCAGGCGUGCAGGGCCCCCCCGGCCCCAAGGGAGAACCCGUGAGUGUGUGUUCUACCCCAAGUGGAAAGAAUGUGUUCAGAGGAAGGG